UGGUAGAGCAUGGUGCUUGUAACGUCAGGGGAGUGACUUCCAUACCUGGGACCAUACAUGCAUAAAAUGGAUGCACCCAUGACUAAGUUUGGAUAAAAAUGUCUGCUAAAUGGUAUACAUGUAUUAUUAUUAUUAUUAGGUUCUGCAUCAGCAGUUUCUCUUUCUAUGUCAGUCACUGACACACUCAAUUAGCCAUGUCCGCUAACAAUAUUUUUUGGGGUAUGUUGAUCUAGCCAACUAUCUAAACCAGUGGCGGUCGGUGCCGUUUAAGAUGAGGGAGGAUGUUCAUUUUUUUUUAAUGAGCACGGCCUUAUUUCUAUUACAGCAUGUUGGAUUAUUGUCAUUCAUAUUCCAUUCAUCCAGGUCAAUGUAACAUCCAUAGGUUUAGGCUACUACAUAAUACUCAAAUCGGCGCAAUGAAUAUCCCCCUGAUCACACGCAAACACAUUUUACUCUCAUACCAGACACACACAAACAGCUCGUUGUAUAUAGAAUUCCUUCUCUCAUCGAUCCACUCUCCUCUCACAUGCUCCCCUUGCUUGUGGACUUCAGUGAAGAACACAUCAGCUGUCUGUGAACAGGUGGAGAAAAAACUUUCCAAGCUAAACCUUCAUAUCAUGACUGCUAACUGCUACACACAGCCUACAUCAUUGUCACAUCAUAGUUAACAUAGGCAUAGCUACUAGAACUAAGGCAUUAGUAAACCCGCUGCAACCAUGCAGAACCGUGUAGUCCGGCUAGCAGUUAUACCUGCAGGCCCCAGAGGCAAUGAAUUAAUAAAGCCAAAAGCUUACCUUGACUUGGAAGAGUUCCAGUAUUGGAUAGCAAUAGCCAGCUAGCUAACAUAGCCUCCCUCUGUUUGAGUCGGCUAAACUAGCUAGCUGCAUUGGACACUAGCUAAGUAAGUGAAAAUGGGAAUAAAAAAUCUAAGAAAUAUAGCUAGAUCUCUCUUGCUUUAAUUUUGGAAGAAGUUAAUUUGUUAAACUGUUCAACUAUUGUAUUUCUCUGAGUCAACUACCGCAUGUUAUGCACUGCAGUGCUAGCUAGCUGUAGCUAAUGCUUUCAGUGCUAGAUUCAUUGUCUGAUCCUUUGAUCGGGUGGACAACAUGUCAGUUCAUGCUGCAAGAGCUCUGAUAGGCUAGAGGACGUCCUCUGGAAGAUGUCAUAAUUAAUGUGGAAGUCUAUGGAAGGGAGUGAGAACCAUGAGCCUCCUAGGUUUUGUAUUGAAGUCAAUGUACCCAGAGGAGGACAGAAGCUAGCUGUCCUCCGGCUACACCAUGGUGCUACCCUACAGAGUGCUGUUAAGGCUACUAUAGACCUUCAUUGCAAAACAGUGUGUUUUAAUACAUUUUUUGGUAACAAACAUAUUUAGUAUAGUUUUAUCUAAAAAAUAAUGUUUUUUAAUGUUUCACUUUUUCUUUUUAUGAAAUUCACUAAGGAGGAUAGUCCUCCCCUUCCUCCACUGAAGAGCCUCCACUGAUCUAAACUUGUAGUACUCAUGGCCCGAAUGACUGGGCACGUUCCAGACCAGACUAUAGCAUUUGGGGCCCCGGGCACCAACCUCUGGAGAGUUGGUGCUGCAUUUCAACACAUUUUGCCAUAGUGCAAAGUAAAAUGUGCAGCUUUAUAAUGCUACUGUACACAUUUUGUCAUGAGGCAGAUCAUUAUUUUGCUGUUUUAUAGCUCAUCUCAUGCUUUUAACAUUUUGCCAUGAGAAAAUGCUAGUCACUCUCACUCAUAUUAUAUUGUCAUGGCAAAAUGUGUAGAAUGCCAAGAAAUUUGUUUUAAAACUGCAAACAUUUCUCUACACCCCAUGGCAAAAUGGGUAUAAUUGCAGGAUUUGUUUUCUAAAACUGCAAAAAAAAAUCUCUCUCCCCCAUGGCAAAAUGGGUAGAAUUACAGGAAAUUCAUUUUAAAACAUAGAUUUUCUCUACACCAUCAAGAUGCAGUGCCAGUAGAAAAAUCUUGUUUAGGGCCCCCAAAAGGCUAGGACCAGCCCUGGCUACUGGUAUAAUACAGUUAGUUCAGAGGGUUCAGUAGUUUAACUGCACAAAUGGAUUGACUGCACAAAUCAAUGUGGGUAUAAAUGUGGGUAUGCAGAGAACCAUGAGCCCAUGUCUCUUGAUAAUGAGUACAAAAGGGUUAUGAAGAGAAAAAUAAUUGCUCAACACUUUUACCCAAUCAACAGCAUUUACCUGAAUGACGAAGAAUAUGAAGGUCUAUUCUGGGGGAAAACCAUUGUGACCUCACUUCAUACCAGUGUAUGUAUGCCACCGCUCAUGCAGAUGCUACAAAACAGAACAUUUGCACAGACCAAAUGCAUCUCAUUGCUACAGCUGAUGACUCAUUGAUCAAGUCACUGAUGUCAAAGGUCUGUCUGUUCCAAUUACCACAGCCCCAUGUUCAGUAGAUAUUGUUGAACAAAAUCUUUCUUCCUUUCUCUUUGUGCAUCACUUUUUCUUUGUCUUCCCUCACUCUUCUCCAUUUCCCUCUCUUCACUCUGAUGUCUGAAUUGUGGUGUGUAAAAGUUUCAGGCCUCAUUGAAACAGGAAACAGUGUGUGUGAGGUGAAUAUUUAAAAAAAGCACUCCUGUCACAUCUCUCCACUCAGAUGUACUAUAGAUCACUCUGCUCUGCUAUGCGUACAGAGCCUCUACCUAGCACCGCCGGCUCCUUUCCUCUUGGAACACCACAAAGGAGAACAGUCUUUCUUCAUUGGAGCCUAAAGAAGUCUCACACAGACUCUCAUACACACAUCAUCCUCUCGUUCCACAUGUGAACACUACCAGCAGCGUGCAACUCCCAGACCCGCUGGACUCUUCUGCCCUCUGGGCCGCACCUCUAUCCGUGUGCUAGUCUACUGUGGUACUCUACAGCUCUGACAUCAACUCAUACCACAGCAUCAGAAGACUGACGUUCACCAGUACCCCAACAGGGAAAUGCUAGUCCUCUGGUGACCCAUAGGAGCUCCACAUCGCCAUGGGCAGUGGGCCCAGUAAAGAGCGUCGGGGAUCCAGCACUCAGGCAGCCUUGCUGGGCCAGGAAGAGCCCGCUGAGUCAGUCAUACUGGAGAGCAGCAAGUAUAUGGUAGUGUCCCUAUAUAACUAUCCCACUGGUCACCCAGCACACUGCCGCAUCCACGCUGGAGAGAGACUCAAAGUGCUUUCAGACGAGGGGGAGUGGUGGAAGGUGAGAUCCUCUGCCACAGGCAAUGAGAGCUACAUUCCCAGCAACUACACAGCCAAGGUGUACCACAGGUGGCAGUAUGAGGGUCUCAGCCGAGAGAAGGCUGAGGAGCUCCUGUUUCUGCCCUACAACCAGACUGGCUCUUUUCUGGUCCGGGAGAGUGAGACCCACCCUGGUGCCAACACCCUGUCAGUGCGUAAGAGCAGUGACCAGGAUCGUCGCUCAGUCAAACAUUACCGGAUCCAACAACUGGAGAAUGGCUGGCUCUACAUCUCCCCCUGCCUCACCUUCCCCAACCUCAGAGCUCUGGUGGACCACUACUCAGAGGUCCGUGAUGGGCUGUGCUGUCUGCUAGGGGAGCCCUGCUUCAUCCAGGGGUCCAACAACGUUCCUGUGGUUACUGGGCCACUCCCCAUGGCUAUCAGGAAGCCCACCCUCAACUGGAAAGAUAUGGACAGCUCCACGAUUUUUGGCAAGGACAAAGGCAAGGACAAUGAGGAUUCCCUCGUGAGCGAGGGAUUGAAAGAGGCCAUCAAAUCCUACCGCUUCAUGACAGAGGGCUGCAAAGGCUCCAGCCACAAAUGGGACAGCUGAGCAUGGAUCUGGCAUCAUAACGACAGGGAGAUACUCAGACUAAAAUAGACCAUAAGAUGGAGAGCUUCACAUCAAGCUACCCAUUAAAGCUGAGGCAAUCCUGAGGACCAGACAUUCUGGCCAUGAACCCAAUGGAUCUCACAACUCAACCACUGCAGAGAACCAUGGUUCUCAAAGCUAUGGUUGUAGAGUGCUCAACAUUACAUUCCCAAGCACCUGAGGACCAUCUUUGCUUGGAUUCAUGACCAGAAUAAAUGUUAAGAUCCUGGAGGCAGACUUUGCUAGACUUAACAGAAAGUAGUUUGAAAGUGAGAUAUACAGCCUUGUGAAGGUGAUCCAGUAUCAUCAAUAAACAGACUAUAUGGUUGGUUUUGUUGAAGUACGCUACCUUGAAAACAAUUAAGGAACUAUGAGGUAUAAGAAUUAGUCUGUUUGAUUUAUGUGUUUCCUGUCCUGAACAUUAACACCUUUAGCUGUUGCUUGUUCUCCUCCGCACCAUAGUCUUGACUUUGGCACAGGAAAUGGUCAAGGUGCAGUGGAAAGCACGAUGGUGUGGAAGAGACAGCAGAAAGUUGAGGUAAUGGUAAAGAGCAUCUCAAAGUUAUGUCAAAUAUUAUGGUAUGAAACACUGACAUGUUAUUAUGAGGUUUCAUCAACUGAAACAAUGCACUGUAGUGUGUACAUAAUGUUAAUAUCGAGUUUCGCGAUGUUUUGGGGUGGGUGGGAAUGUAUUUUUUUAUAUUUUGUUUAACUAUUUUACAUUAAAAUGUUACAUUUUGUGAAA